AUGUCUGAUAGCGAGUCAUAUUCCGAGCGCGAGCCCAACGCUUUCGACGAGGAGUCAUCGGACGGUCUCUUUGACUCCGAUGGUGAAGCGGCAGGGCCUGGUGCCGAGGGCGGGAGUGAUACCGACGUCGAGAUACUCGGCGAAGGGCCCAGCUCUAUCCCGACGCACGGAAUCGGAAAGGGACUGAUGACCGCUCCCAUUCCGUUGUCCAUCGUCUACAGUGACGGCCGCCACGUGGGCCUCGGUAUGCCCGGGGAGGCGAGCGGUAGCCGUCAAUCGGACGCCUCCACUUCCGGUCGUGGAGAGUCGGUAGCCAAUCCGCCAUCUGGGCCCAGGGUAUCGGUAGUGUACCCAAGCAAUCCCAGGGUGCCCAUGGGGGUGCCGAAGGAAAACUUAUUCGGCGUGGACUAUCUGGGGCCGAACAAGAUUACCGAUCGGGAGAUCGCCAAGCUUCGAGCAGAGUACCACAUUCCCGACUCGGUACGGAUGAGAAUCCCGGGUCCUACCGAAUCCCUCAGUGCGCCGAAGGACGGCGAAGUAGUUUUCUUUACCGACGUCCUUGUGCAAGGCGUUCGGUUGCCGUUGCAGCCGGCGGUGCAGAGGAUUCUAGCCCAGAUCGGCUACGCCCCGGGGCAAUUCAACCCCCAAUUUCUGGGUGGCCCUCAUGGGAGUGAUAACGGCCUUCGGCAUGGCCGGCGAAGGGAGCCCCUCCUAUGA